AUGCCAGCUCAAAGGCCCCGCGCAGCGUUUGAACCGAUAUCUCCAGCCUUGGAUGCUGCGGAAUUGAUAAAGUCUUCGCCCAACUUCGAAGAGGUGGUGCGAAUUCAUUGCGAUGCCAUCGACGAGAAUGGGCUUGAGAACUUCGAGAAGCUUGUCCUUCUUCACGUCAUCGUUCGUGGACUACCUCUUGUUGUUGAGGGUUUUGAUAAGAAGCUUGAUAAUGCCAUCUUUUCCGAGAGAUGGCUGAGAAGUCAUUACUCGGCGAAGCGAGAAGAUGCCAGAGACCUGACAGCGAAGAAGGCCGUACCGCUCACUAUUGGCCAUUACCUGAAGAAUAUGUCCAUCCUUGCGAACCAGUUCAAUAAGUUCAACCAUAAAAACCCUGAUCUCCAAAGACUAUACCUUAAAGACAUUGAUUGCCCGAAGAUCUGGCAUGACUUCUUGAAGAGCAUCAUACCUCCAUUUCUAUUUUACCUGAACAAUUUGGCGGAGCCGGAAUUCUUCGAGAGUACAGGGCCCAAAAGCGCUCCAUUCUCGAAGAAACGCAAGGUUUCACAGGAGCAGGUAGGCAAAGCCGGUGAUUUGAUGAGUUGUCUUCCAGAGAACAUGCGCGCCGAAAAUCUGAUGUGUUACAUUGGUCAUGAGGGAACGUAUACGCCAGCGCAUCAAGAGAUGUGUGCUAGUCUUGGCCAAAACCUAAUGGUUGAAGCGUCAGAUGGCUCAAUUGAAAAUGGAAAGGCAACGAAGCCUGGCUCCUCAUUAUGGUUUAUGACCAGCAGCAAGGACCGGAACUCUGUGUCGGAGUAUUGGAUGACAAUGCUGGGCCACGACAUAAACCUAGAGGACCAUUUCGCACAGAUUAACGCGUGGAAAGCCGCACCGUUCACAACAUAUAUUGUCGAACAGCGGCCGGGUGACUUCAUCCUCAUACCUCCCCUGGCGGCGCACCAGGUCUGGAACCGUGGAACGCGAACGAUGAAAGUUGCAUGGAACAGAACGACGGUGGAGACUCUCGAGAGGGCGUUGAACGAAGCGCUUCCGCAUGCCAGAGUGGUGUGUCGGGAUGAACAAUAUAAAAACAAAGCGAUAGUAUUCUACUCGCUCAAACAAUAUUCAACACGUCUCAACAGCGUUGAUGCUAAUCGCAGCCCCGCGAGAGUACAGCAGCUGCAGAACGAAUUUGAACAAUUGUUCUCUCUGUUCAACCAAAUUCUGCUUUCCGAAUCGUUUUCCACGGCGACACCUCAUGAGAAGAACGUUGAAUACAUACCUUUUGACAGCAAUAUCACAUGUGCCUACUGCAGAGGGAACAUCUUCAAUCGGUUCCUGACGUGUCCCUCAUGUGCCACAACUGCGACGGGUGUUGAGCUCCCCUAUGAUAUCUGCAUGGAAUGUUAUGUUAUGGGCCGAAGCUGUGCAUGCAUCUCGGAAUUGAAAUGGGUUGAGCAAUUUAAAUGGGAACAACUCCUGAGAAUGCACGAAUUCUGGAGGCAGCAGGUUCUUAGGUUCGACCCUGAACUUGACAAGAAAUACCGACAAUUUCGGGUUGAGAAGGAAGAAAUGGGCAAAAAGAGCCUGGCCCACAUAUGCCAGGAAGAACUGAAGCGGCGUCCGUGGGUUGAUAUCUCGAAGCCGAAGCCCAUAAUGGAAGAGCUGGUGGACGGAAUUAGCGAAUUGGAAGAUGAUACCCGCCCCGCCAGACGCAGGAAGAAGUCGAAAUCGAAAGGCCCCAAAUGUCACAUUUGCAAGUACGUUGAGCCGGAGUGGAAACUUGCCUCCUGUUCGAAUCCCAAAUGCUCUUUGAGGUACUGCUAUGGUAGUCUGUUUAGAGCGUUCAAUAUGCUACCGCAGGAAGUUCUGGAAACUUCUAAAUGGGAGUGCCCAAGAUGUCAAAAGUUCUGCAGCUGUGGCGGUUGCCGCAAAAAUCCCCAGAUGACUCCUUUUGAGCCCACGUGUACGUCCCUCGGUCAUGACACAAGCCAAGUUGCGGACGUUCGCAGCAUUGAGGCUUUGGUGGAUUUUGGGCACUCGAAUCUCGGCUGGCUGAAGAAGGCCAGCAGUGACGAAAUAAGCCGGUUGAGCAAGCAUCAAGAAGAAGCGGACGUUAAGCGCAAUCAAGCUUUGGAGAUAACUCAAUACAGGUCGCGUUCUACCCUGACGUAG